CCUCUUUGUUUUAUGUGUUCUUGUCAGCCUACCAGAAAAAUUUGAGCACAAAAUCUCCUCAUUGGAAGAUUCAAAGGAUCUUUCAAGGAUGACUUUGAGUGAACUUGUUGGUUCUCUUCAAGCCGUUGGGCAAAGAAAGGCUAUUAGACAAGAAAGUACAUCUGAAGGAGCUUUCCUUAUGACAGAAAAAGGAAAAGCUCAAGUGAAAGAAGAUGACACUCAGGUGAUAGGUGGAGGUAAAAAGCAGUUCAACAACAGAAAAGGAAAAGAAAAGAGAGAGUACCAGUAUAGCAGAAAGUGCAAGAAGUUUGGCCAUGUUGAAAGGGUUUGCAAGCAACAAGCAAAUCGUGUACAGCAAGCUAAAGUUGUUGAAAUUGUGGAUGAAGAUGAAGAGAAGUUGUUCAUGGCAUCAAAGGUAGAAAAGAAUUGUGUCGCUGCAGUGAAUGGUGAUUUAUGGUUGAUUGAUAGUCGUUGCACAAACCAUAUGACACCAAAUUUGAGUAUCUUCAAAAGCAUUGAUAGAAGUUACUCCUCCAAAGUCAGAUUAGGAAAUGGAGAUCUGGUGCAAGUGAAAGGCAAAGGUGUAGCUGCAAUAGAGACUUCUACAGGUAUUAAAUAUAUUCAUGAUGUGUUAUUUGUACCUGAUAUAAGUCAUAAUUUGAUCAGUGGUGACCAAUUAUUGGAGAAUGGUUAUGUUCUGAAUUUUCAUGGCAAAAUGUGUGAAAUUGUUGACAAGUCUGGUACUAGAUUGUUUUCGGUAAAGAUGUUUGAUAGGAGUUUUCUAGUGGAAUGGAAGCAUACUAAGGUGCAUGCUUAUCCUAGUAUUGUUGAUGAAUUUGAAAUUUGGCAUAAAAGAUUUGGCCAUUAUAAUUACAGUUCAUUGAAACUGAUGCAUUCACAUGAAAUGGUUGCUGAUUUACCUGCAAUAGAAGAUUGUGGUUCUGUGUGUGAUGCUUGUCAAAAGGGAAAGCAAUCCAAAUUCCCUUUUUCAAAGAAAAGUAAUUGGAGGGCUACAGAACCAUUACAACUAAUACACUCUGACAUUUGCGGCCCUAUGAAAACAGAAUCUAUCAAUGGGAGCAAAUAUUUUCUGUUGUUUAUUGAUGAUUUUAGCAGGAUGUGUUGGGUUUAUUUUCUAAAGCAAAAGUCAGAAGUGUUUAAUAAGUUUGUGCAGUUUAAAGCUAUAGUUGAAAAUGAGAUUGGCAAGUCAGUGAAAGUUCUAAGAACAGAUAAUGGUGGUGAAUAUACCUCACUCCAGUUUAAGCUUUUCUUGAAGAGCCAUGGCAUAAAACACCAACUCACAGUACCAUACAAUCCUCAGCAAAAUGGUGUCUGUGAGAGGAAAAAUAGAUCAGUUAUGAAUAUGGCUCGGUGUCUCUUGUUUGAGAAGAACUUGCCAAGAAAAUUCUGGGCUGAGGUUGUGAAUACUUUUGUAUAUCUGCUUAACAGAGUUCAAACAAAGGCACUUGAUAGGAAGACCUCAUCUCAAGGUUAUAGCAGUCAAUCAAAAGGCUACAGGGUGUUUAAUGUGAGGACUGGAAAGAUUGAAGUCAAUAGAGAUGUCAAGUUUAAUGAAGCUGCAACUUGGAAUUGGGAGAAUCCAGAAGUUAUAUCUUCUGAGACUAGUCUUGAAGAUGAAACUGAUGAGGAUUAUGCAGUUAGAGGUACUAGAUCACUAGCUGAUAUUUAUGCAAGGUGUAAUGUUAGUGUUGUUAAACCUCCAAAUUUCUAUGAAGCUAUGAAGUCAGAGGUCUGGAGAGCUGCAAUGCAAGAGGAGUUCAAUAUGAUUCAGAAAAAUGAUACAUGGCAGCUUGUGGAUCGACCAGAUAACAAGAAAGUCAUUGGUGUUAAGUCAACAAAUGUGAAGCUAAUUGGAUUUACAGAUAGUGAUUGGGUUGGUUCAGAGGAAGACAUGAAGAGUACCUUAGGACAGUGUUUUUCUAUUGGUUUAGGGGUGAUUAGUUGGAGUUCUAAGAAGCAAGAUUCAGUUGCCAAGUCAACAGCAGAAGCUGAGUACAUUGCUGCUUCUCUUGCUGCAGAUCAAGCUGUGUGGUUUAGGAAACUGAUGAAUGAUUUAAAACAACCUCAGAUACAUCCUACUGAGUUGUUUUGUGAUAAUUUAUCUUCUGUUGCAAUUGUUAAGAAUCCUAUUCUUCAUGGUAGAACCAAGCAUAUCAAGAUCAAAUAUCAUUCUAUUAGGGAGAUGGUUAAUGAAGGUGAAGUUCGUGUUUUGCAUUGUGAUUCAGAUGACCAGAUUGCUGAUAUAUUCACUAAAGGAUUACACAAGUUCAGAUUUGAGACACUAAGAGACAAGCUUGGGAUGAGCAGCAUUAGUGUCAAGGAGGAGUGAAAACAGCAAUGUAAAGACAGUGACACAAAUGUUGUCACAUUAUUUUUUCAGUUUGUAGCAGUUAUUAGUUGGUUUUUAAUCCAGUUUGUUUUUCCAUUGUAGUGCAGUUAACUUUCAGUUUUUAGUAGUUUCUUUAUUUCCUUGUAAAAAGCAGAUUUGUUUAAUGGAAAGUUUCAGUUCUGCACUUACCAGAUCUUCAUCUCUUUGUUUACAAACUAACACUGUAGGACAUUCUAGCCCCUUUUCUCAAUGUCCAGGUUUAGCUUUACAUGAUAUGAAUACGGUCUAUGACUCCAUGUUUUAUAUCCAUUUUCUAGAUCAAAUACAAGACAUAAUUGAAA